AUGGAGAUGAGUGAGUUGAGUGAGAGAGUAUUGCCCCCUGAUGUCCAGAAGGUUUUGGUGAUUAAAGAAGAAAUUCCCUUUGACUGGAGCUUCGGUGUGGACCAUCAGCACCAGGAGAUCCUCCAAAUAAAGGAGGAACAGGAAGAACUCCUGACCAGUUUGGGGGGAGAGCAGCUUAACAGGUCGGAGGAAGCUGAUAACACCAGGUUCUCAUUCGCUGUUGCCACUGUUAAGACUGAAAAUGAUGAUGAUGAGAAAACUCAGACUUCAGAUCUCCACCAGAACCAACAUGACUACAACAGAGAGACUAAUCGGAUAAAAGCAGAAACUGAUGGAGAGGACUAUCCAGGAGCAGAACCAGCUGGAAACCCAAAUCUAAAGAGUUGUGCAGAGCUGAAAGCAAAUGGAAACGCUUCUGAUUCUUCUGAAACUGACAUCAGUGACGGCGAUGAUGAUUGGCAGGAACCUUUAUCCUCUCCUGCACCUGAAACAAAAACCAGCGAUGGAGAUCAGAAGGAGACGCCUGUGCCUCACUUUCCUAACAGUGUUAACACUGAAAGGUUUACGCAGCAGCCUUACAUAAGACUCUACCCACAAAAGAAGCCGUUCAGCUGUGAUAUUUGUGGUAAAAAGUUCAGUCGCAAAAUGCACGUUAAAACACACAUGAGGACCCACACGGGAGAAAGACCCUUUGGUUGUGACGUCUGUGGUGAGAAGUUUGCACAGCAGGGGAACUUGCGGAGUCACCUGAGAGUGCACACGGGGGAGAAACCAUUCAGCUGCGACGUCUGCGGUAAAAAGUAUAGACAGCAGGGUGUUCUGAGGACACACAUGAGAACUCACACGGGGGAAAAACCGUUCGGGUGUAAGUUUUGUGGAAAGCAAUUUAGCCAACAGACUCAUCUCAAGGCACACAUCAGAAUCCACACUGGAGAGAAACCUUAUCAGUGUAACUUCUGUGCCAGCAGCUUCAGCCAGAAGAAGCAUUUUGAUGAGCACACCAGACGUCACACCGGAGAAAAACCGUUCGGGUGCGAUUUUUGUGGAAAACGGUUCUACCGGCAGGAGUAUCUGAAGAGUCACGUUACGAUCCACACAGGAGAGAGACCGUUUGGCUGUGAUGUUUGUGGAAAAACCUUCAAUCGAAAGACACGAUUUAAGGCUCACAUGACGCUUCACAAGUGAUAGAGGCUGCUUUAUUUCAGGGUUCAUUGUGAAAGAUACAUUACCCAAGUGCCUUGGUAAGGACCACACAGAGUUUUUAAAUAUUUUAAUUUUUUUAAAUGCCUUCAAUCUGAUUUUGAUGAGUCCUACAAAUGUAUUAAAUUGUCAAGUCAGCUUUUAAGAAGUUGCUUUGCAGAAACUGCAGUUAAUGGAGUGUUGUGUAAAAAGUGUUUUGGCAGUAAAUUUGAAUCAAGCUUCUGUUAAUGUUGCUUUCAUGAGAAAGUGCAUGUAUAAAUCAGAGAUUUGCUUUACAAAAGUAAAUGAAAGCCCUUUGUACCUCCCGGAGUCAUGUACAGCUGUGUCCAUAAAUAUUUGGAUAGUAGAAGAUGUCUUUGUACACCAGCACAGUGGAUUUUAAAUCAAUCGAUAUGCGAUUAGAGGUUGACUUUCACCUUUAAUUCAAGAGGUUUUACAAAAAAACGUUUAGGAAUCAUCACCAUUUUAUACUUGGUGCCCUAUUUUCAGAGGCUCAACACUGGACAACUUAACAUAAAUGUGAUUCUAAGCCUUGUUUUUAAUACUUGGAUGAAAAUCCUUCUCAGUUGAAUUUGUUGAAAUAUGAAGAAACACUGAAUGCAACAAUUAAUUGUCUUACAUUGAUUUAUUUUAUAUAUAUAUAUAUUAGAUUUUUUACUUGCCUGCGUGCAAUAAAUAAGGAAUUA